UCUCGCUGAGCCGCCGACGCCGCCAUUCUCCGCCAUCCCAUUAUUUCCAUCGAAGAAGCGGAAAAGAUGUCGAGCGAUACCCUUACGUGGCUGCUGACCAAGAACACCUCGUCCUUCCUCGUGAAGCGCAACGGCAACGAGUUUGCUCGCGAGAAGUUCAACCUGCUGAACCGCAACUGCCGCAAGUACUCGGGUCUGGCCUCCACCAAGGCCGUGGACAUCUCGAUCUCGGACAAGAAGGUGACGCUCACCACCAAGAUCGAGAAGGCCACCAAGAAGCCAGCCAAGGCUCAGAACGCCGUGCCUCUCCGCAAGGGUGCUCGCGGUGGUGCCAACACUAUCCGCGCCAACAUCUCGCGCAACUACUACCGUCGCGACCUGAAGAAGGCCGCUCUGGCCAAGUGGUCGCGUCUGUCGACGGUCGCCAAGGUCGAGCAGGGUGUCCUCCAGAAGAAGGCCAUCCGCAGCCGUCGCGUCAAGGCGUAAGCGAUUGGAUCUAUCGUCAGCCGCUCUUGGGCACGUUAGGAAUAAUGACAGGGAAUAGAAGUGCAGGUCUGCGACCAGAGCUUUUACUCCCGUGAAAAUGUAUGAGGUCUCUCAUUGUCCUCUUCGUGCGUU